AUGAAAGAAGUUUGUGGCUCAGAUAAUGUGACAUAUAACAACGAAUGCCUGUUGAAGAAAGCAGCCUGCGAAAAAUUCACUGGAAUAGAGAUUGUGAAAAAAGAAUCCUGUACAGGUAUGUACCCAAACUGUUUGGCGUGGCAUACUCAAGGCGGCCUACAGCAGACACGAAAGGAACAACUUGAGUUAUAAUUCUCAAGACAUUUAAAGGUGAAAAAAAGUGACGCUAAUUUACAGCGAAUAAGACAAAUUCGAAAAAAAGCUAACAUCCAUACAUUGAAUUAAGACUCAAUGCUUAUUCUAAUAGAGAAGAGAGGAAAAGAAACCCAAUGAGCAAGACAUUAUUUCAUGGCCUUCAUACUUUAAAGAUUGCUAAACUCCCUGUUCCGGCCGCCACGACAAACGACAAAUGUUGUGUAGCUUGUGCUAUGUAGAUGCUCGAUAUCAUUAGCAGCGACUGUGCCGCUUCUAUUAUUUAUAUACCUCUUUCUCAAUUGUCUCAGAAUUCUUUUUCCCAUUCCACUCGCAGCCUCGCAGCUUUUCCUCAUAGAUCCCAUAAAACCGCUAACUAAGAGGGUUAUUAUAAUUUGACCUCCGCUCCCCCCUACGCGCCCCCUCCCCCUCCUUCAACCUUCUGACAUUUUAAAUUGAGCGAUUUUCAUUAAAAGACCAUAGGCAUAUGAUCACUCCCUAGCCCCGUUCUAAGCCGCUAGCGCAGGACCCCCUUGUUUAAAAAUUAUGUCCUCCUUUCUUACGUCACCUUACACUGUAUAACAACUGAGUUCGAUCUUAUUUACUCCUUAGAAGCUUGUAUGUCUUCACUGGGAUUGGAAAAUGGACAAAUAAGAGACAAGCAGAUCUCGGCAUCUUCAGAACUCGACAAGCACCACGCCGCCAAACAGGGAAGGGUUUCCCUGAUCAGCUCUCCUCAAGACAGGUAUGACAUAGGGUUGAGGUUGGUCCUCUUUUUGUAUUAAUACACUGUAAUUAAAUGUUACUUAAGAAAUACCGAGAAAUCUUGGGAAAAUAGAUUUUUCCUACGGGGUUCAAGCUUGCGAAGGUAAGAUCGCAAAAAAUGUAUUAAUGAAUUUCAUGAGAUAUUAAUAUUGGUUCGGGUUAAUACCGGACUUGGCUAAUCGGGAAUCGAAAGCAUUUUGUAGCGAAUCCAAUAUCACGGAAAGAAAUAUCUGUUGCUGUCUUGCCUGCAGCUCCUGGUGCAGUGCUCCAACUCUUGACAUGGGAACACAAUAUCUACAAGUGGAUUUGCUGUCAGUCCAUGUUCUGUCAGGGUUUUCUACCCAAGGCGCCGUCACAGAAAAGUUUUGGGUGAGCAGAUAUCUGGUUCGUUACAGCUUGGAUGGUACUGACUGGAUAUUAAUCGGGUUUUACGAAAAAGAAGAAAGUCACAAAGGAAGAAGCAAGGUGACUCUUAGAGAAUUUUAUGUUUAACUAACUAAUAGUUAACCUUUCACAUCGCACUCAAAUAUAGCCAUUGCCACCUACUACAGACACGAUUUCAUGAGUCCUUUCGUGAGAAAGCCUAAAUAACUCCCCCCAAAAUAAUGCUUACAAACAUCCACAUGCUUAAAUUGAAGGGAAAACUGUUUACUAGAGUCUUGAGGUUAAUCUUUGGUUCUUCAGUGAUUUUUAAGCCUUGUCAAGACUUCUCUGUGAAAACAGCUCUCAUUUUUUGCACGAAUUUGUUCAUUCUUCCUACUAAGGAUGAAAAAGAAAAGGUUGGCGUAUAGGAGACAUUCAACUGACUACAAGUAGUUAAUUGAUUCAUCAAAGAAAAUCCUCAUCAAAAAAUGGAGAAAAGGAUGAAGAAAAACCCAUUUAUUUAAACGUCAGAUCAUCAAUGUGCGACAUUGACCAACUGAAGUUCUUUUUUAAAUUUAAAAGCAAUUUCAGGGAAAUACGAACCAGUCCUCUAUCGUCCAUCACUGGCUGAAGCCUCGUGUCGAUGCUCGUUUUGUUCGUUUCUCUCCUACCUCUUUUUUCGGUCAGCGGUGCAUGCGUGUGGAGCUUUACGGUUGCAAAGGGUCACACUUAUACACGGAUAAAGGUAAGAUUUGUUAAAAACUGUGUGGAUAAACUGCUAAUAUAAUGUUUUUGACAGAUCAGAUUACCAUUUGGAAUCUUAAACGAAGUCAGUGCCAUUGUUUUAGACGGUGAUGGAAAGUAUGUGUGUUCUGGAGCACCUGUCUCCUCAAAGUAGCAACACUGGCCAAUUCUCUCCGGCCGAGAAUAAGACUUUAUCUUUUCCAUAAACCUUUCUUGUUUUCAAAGAUGGCGAGAAUUUGAAUUUGCUUGUGUUGACGAUUUACAUUUUUACUAGCUCCAGCAGUUCCUGCUGCGCUCACUCGUGAGCUGUCGAGUUUAACAUUCGACGAGAAAUUCCAUAUUUACGCGCGCCUAUGUGUUAUUCUCUAUAUCUGUUCCAUAAACCUCUGCAGUUUUCAAAGAUGGCGAGAAUUUGCUUGUGUUGAGGAUAUAGGUUUUUUACAAGCUCCGGCAUUUCCCAGAUGUUCUAAGUUUAAAAGCUUCUACUACAUUGUCACCUCUUAGGCUGCAACAAAAAGUGUUCUUCUCCGUUUUCUCGCUGCGUGAAGCACAAAGGAAACGAAGAAAAAUGCGAGUGCAUUCAGGAAUGUCCUAAAGCUGUGAAACAAGUUUGUGCCUCGGAUAAUGUGACAUAUGACAACGAGUGUCUGUUGAAAAAAACAGCUUGCGAAAAGGAAGAAGAACUAACUUUGGUGAAAAACGGAACUUGUGCAGGUAUUUCUUUUUCAAAGAAGCUUUGUGCUAUGUGUGAAUCAUCAGAUGCACUUCUGGAGUAAAUGUGAACCAAGAAAAUAUAAACUGUAUAUUCUCUUGAUGUAAACGGCAAAUCUAAUUCAUCACUGAUUUUACCAACUUUACUUGUAAUCCUAAAAACACACUCAGCUGGUCUGAUACGUAAAUUCUCUUUUCUCACAUCAGAUGCAAAAGUGUUCACGUCGCAAGUAUUCUGAUGGUUCGGCAGACUCACAGCCUGCCCAUCACGAGAAUUACUUAAUUUACUCAUUCCCAUGUCCCUGAGUGAAAGUACCAAGAACACACAACAUUUUAUUGAUAUUUUUGGUUCAAUAAAGGUAUUGAUUCCGUAAAGUUUGUGGAUCAGAUUAAAGAACAAUUGUCUUUGUGAAUUCAAGAAACGUGCUUCUUAGAAAAACAAGCGCAUUUGAUUUUUUUUACAUAGUUAAUGUGAAGGUCAUUUAUCACUCUAUGAGUGUCGUUGUUACAUCGGGCAAUCAGAAGGUAAAAUAAGUUUAAGAGCCAAUCAGAACUCGGAGUAAAACCAACCAAACGGCUUAAAGCGCGGGAAAACGUGAGGGACCAAAUCGUGAUUCGUUGCAGUUUUGCAUCUGAUUGGUUGAGGGAGUGGCGUUUUCUGGACCAGUCGCAGAACGAAGCGAUGAAAAACCGAAGCAAUUUCGGAUCAUUAUUGUCACUCAAUAAAAAAUGCUUUAAUCAUGCUAACAAGCAUAUUUCUGACUUGCCCGGGCAGGUAUCUAAACAAAUUAUUUUCCAAAAGGUUUUGGCCAGUUUCUGUUCCAUUUUAGCAACUGCUAUUUCGCCAAGAAUACUCCCUGAAUGAUUGAGAUUUCUCAAAAAUAUUUUAGGAAAGGGAUGAAUCUAUUGUUCUCACUGCCUUUUUUUUUCUUUCUUUCUUCAGUACCAUUUUAUGACGUUGAUUCUCAAGAGAAGUCGUCUGGUACAAUGAAGACAGUUUACAUCUUCACCUUUUUCUCAGGAAUACUUUUGUCACUUUCUGUGCUGCUAAUUGAAAACUUUUAUCAGUAAUUGUCAUACCUAAAUCUUUUGUUAGUCAAUGUACAAUUUGCAACUGAUAUAUUUAAACUUGUUUUUUUACUUAAGUGUCAUUGCAAUCCGGUGUAAGCCAAAAUAAACUGCUUAAAUAAAACCAGCCGCAAGUGUGCUUCCUCUGUAGUGAUUUCGACCUAUCGAUAACAUUGUUCUGGACCAAAAGUUCCCCCAGACACCUUUGAAAACUUUAAGAGUUUUUUAAGAGUAAUUUUCGGCAGUUUGCCUUUCCGAUUCCAACACUUUCAGUAAACGAAUUAGAAUUUGAGAGAGAAAUUGUAUUCCCAGCCUUUUUCAGUUCAACUGCGUUGAGAGUUUCGUCAGUUUCCACUAUCAGAUUCUGAGGUUUCCAGUUUCAAUCAAUCAAUCAAUCAAUCUUUAUUCCUCCUAAGAUAAAAAGACAUAUUUUAAGUUACAUCAACUGUUAGGAGUCUAAAAAUACAUAAGACAUACUGUAUAUAUAUUCAAGACAUACUAUAUAAAAUAAUAGAAAGAUCAAAGAUUAUAUUUAAAGAUAAGCCUAUUUACAAAAACAUUCUUAAAUCUGUCAGUCUUUAUAUCCGGGCGAUGAGCACUUUUGUUUAUGAGUUGGUACUUUGUUUCUUUCUUCUUCGGAUUGAUGUUACUAAGCGGACAAUCGGGAUCCAUUGAACGUAUCUUGAAAAUCUUCUUAUCUGCCUUUUCUAAAAGUUCUCGACUGCCCCAUUCUCUUACAUUAGUAUUUCCUUUUAAAGCAUUUGUCCAUAAAGUUUUGUAUGACCGUGAGAUCUGAGUCUAUAGCGCCAUAAACAGGUAGACCAUAAGUGAAAUUUGGUAAAACUAAGGAGCUAAGUAGGUGGUCUACUUCACCUUGAAUGAAACCUUCCUUCAUUCCAAACAGACACUUACUUUCCUCAAUUAACUUAGCACGUACGUGUUCGCUAUAUUUAUAAUUCUCCUGAAACGUAACACCUAAAAUAGCCAGCUUCGCGCAUUGCGGAAUGUUAUUAACUUGCGCGAUAUCCUGAAUAAAACCUUUCUUGCGAAAAAUAAUUUCUUUACAUUUCGACGAAUUACAAAUCAUCUAUUAUCCUUAGGCUAAAUUAAAAACUGGUCCACCAAAUCCGUACGACAUUGGCCAUUACUCCAAACGGGAACAAUGAGAGUAGAGUCGUCCGCGUAUUUAAACAGGACUGGGUGAUUAUCUAUGCUGAUUUCCAGAUCAUAAAUAAAAAUGCUAAAUAAGUACGGACCACUCACAUUGCCCUGUGUAGUGCCCCUGUUGAAACAUUUCCAUUGUCCUUGAAAACUGUUAUAAAUAAUGCACUGUUGACGAUUCUCAAAAAAGCUUCAAUAUCAAUUGAUUAUGAAUGGAUUUAACGGUAUAUCCUUAACCUUAUAAGACAAAAGUUCAUGAUAAACGAUGUCGAACGCUUUACUGAAAUCCAUGGCAAACAAACGCAUGGCUUUACACUUAGGGUCAUCUAGAUAACUAAAGACAGUGUGCUGCAUACUGAGGAGCGCGUCAAUACAGCUCUCCCCUGUCCUGUAGGCAAACUGAGUUGAGCUCAGAUGUUGCUAAACCGUAUCCCGCGCGUGAAUGUUAUACACGGACUUCUCAAUUGCGCGUGCAAUUACAGGAGUGAUGUUGAUUACCCUGUAGUCUAUCUUUCCCUUGGGAACGUCAACCUUGGGGAGGGAGGUCACGUGGGCUCUCUUCCACGAUGAGGGCCAGGUACUGAACCUCAGGGACAAGUUCCAGAUCUUGCAAAUUAAAGUUGUAAAAGUUUCCGCGUGGUCUCUCCACACCCGGAACCGUAUGAGGUCCGGUCCAGUGGCGGUGUUCUUCAGGUGCUGCAAACAGUUCCAUACCUGUCUUUCUGAAACCUCAGGAACUUGAACUCCACUCUCAACUUGGGCAGGUGUAGGCUGUUUAUACGCACUGUCCCAACACAAUUCGGCAAAUUAAUCAUUCAGCUCGGCCAGAAAUUGCAUGUCCAAUGUAACCUUAGCCGAGGAACACCGGCGCUGUGACAGGCUAUCCACCUCCGGUCCUACAGAUGCUUGAAGGAGAUUUCUCCUGUUCCCACUGAUAACUUCACUUAUUACUCCCGAAGCCGAUCCUCCCUGUUUUGACCAAUCCUAGAUUUAGACCUCAUCAAGGACUUGAGAAGGGGUGUCACCCACGCCGGAUCACACGAUGAGAUGCGAACUGUCCUUCUUUUUUUUUACGUCACCUUACACUUCAUAACAACUAAGUUCGAUCUUAUUUACUCCUUAGAAGCUUGCACAUCAUCACUGGGAUUGGAAAAUGGACAAAUAAGAGACAAGCAGAUCUCGGCAUCCUCAGAACUUGAGAAACAGCAAGCCGCUAAACAGGGAAGGGUUUCCCUGAGCAGCUUUCCUCAAGACAGGUGUGACAUAAGGUUAAGGUUAGUCCCCUUUUAGGGUUCGAGUCUUUUGGCUCGAGUGGGAUUCAAGCUUGCGAAGGUAAGAUCGCAAAAAAAGUAUUAGCGAAUUUCAUGAGAUAUUGAUAUUGGUUCAGGUUAAUACCGGGCCUGGCUAAUCGGGGAUCAAAAGCAUUUUGCAGCGAAUCAAAUAUCAUGGAAAGUAAUAGCUGUUGCUGUCUUGCCUCCAGCUCCUGGUGCAGUGCUCCAACUCUUGACAUGGGAACACAAUAUCUACAAGUGGAUUUGCUGUCAGUCCAUAUUCUGUCAGGGUUUUCUACCCAAGGCGCCGUCACAGAAAAGUUUUGGGUCAGCAGAUAUCAUGCUCGUUACAGCUUGAAUGGUACUGACUGGAUAUUAAUCGAUGGUCACGAAGGAAGAAUCAAG